CUUUCGGCUUUCCACUUAUCACUUAACUGAGAGACGAGUACCUCUGAUUAACCGCUACCUAAGUUUCAGAAUAGAGCUAUUUUAAUGGACAUUUGCCGGCUACCAAGCCAGCCGGCGUUAAUUCAUCUCCGGCAGGGUCAAACUGCCGAAGUGUCCUCUAUUAAAACGCCAUCGUUUUGCCCCAUUAGCAGGUGCAGUCUACGUUACGAAUCGAGCACUAAAAAGUCAGAUUCCAAACAUGGAAUGUUCAUCCUGGGGAUGGGUUUCGUAGGACAAUUCUUGGCUGCAGAUUUGAAGACCGGCGGAUGGGAAGUUACUGGAAGUUGUACUACUACUGCCCGGAAACAGAAAUUAGAGGAAAUGGGGUUCCAUGCUCAUAUAUUUGACGCCAAUGAACCACAACUUGAGGUCCUUGAUAUCAUGAAAUGCCACUCACACCUUCUUAUCUCCAUCCCUCCAGUUUUGCGUGUUGGUGAUCCGAUGCUUCAGCAUAAAGAGCUGCUAAAAGAAAGACUGAAGGAUGGUAACCUCCAGUGGCUUGGUUACUUGUCAUCAACGAGUGUUUAUGGCAACUCUGGUGGUGCAUGGGUUGAUGAAGAGUUUCCACCAAGGCCGAUAACUGAAUCGGCAAAAGCAAGGAUGGCUGCUGAGGAAGGGUGGUUACAUCUGGCUUGUGAUGUGGGAGUCACUGCCCAAAUAUUUCGACUGGGUGGUAUAUACGGUCCUGGUAGAAGUGCUAUUGACACCAUUCUCAAGCAGGAGCCUCUGUCAAAAGGUCAGAAGAUGAGAUUUUCUAGGCAUUAUACAUCACGUAUUCACGCUGCUGACAUCUGCCAGGCACUUAAGGCGAGCAUUCAGAGGCCAUCUCCUGGGAAGAUAUACAACGUAGUUGAUGAUGACCCUGCUCCUAGAGAGCAGGUAUUUACGUUUGCUAGGAACUUGGUUGAGAAGAAAUGGCCAGGCCACUUAACUUCAAACAAGUCUUCUGAAGACGCAACGUCUCUAAAUCCACAGGGAGCUUCAAGGGUAGAGAAGCGAGUCUCCAAUAAACGCAUUAAAUCGGAACUGGGAGUGAGACUGCUUUACCCUUCGUAUAAAUCUGGAUUGCGGAGCAUCAUUGAGCUCAUGGAGAAACCAUUUCGCCAAAGUUGAUUAGGUUCCCGCAGACAAUCAGAGGCUGAUUCGGGAUUUGAACUUUAACGGUUCAAAUUUAGAAUUCUAUCACAACGCGUCUAAUUUAUUGGGUUCAAAAUCUAUUUUUGCACUUAUUUAGUUGGAUUUUUAACACACAUAGAGGGCCCAAGCCGAAGUUACGAACCCGUAACUUCUUCAUUUUACACGGUGGAGUCUUUUCUAUCUUUUCUUUCUGAAAUUUGGACAAUCAAGGUCUUGGAAAUGGAAAUUUAAGAUGAAAUUGUUGUAUUGUAUGGAGAGGCGUAGUCAAGAUUUAAAAUUUAUGGGUUCGAAGAUUCUAAUCA